AUGGAAUUUACCAAACUUGUUAGUAAACCUAGCUUCAAAUUAGAUUUGGAGAAGAUCAACUCUAAAUUUGAAGCAGGAUUUAAAAGUGAUAAAAGCUACGAAACUGAUUUUGGUCAAGAAAAGCUUAUUUUAAAACAUGGAAAUUUAGAUAAUAAUGUUUAUGCAGGUGAUGAUAAUAGUCAGAUUUUGGAGCAACUAAAGCGUAUAGAAGAAGAGAAUAUAAGGCUUCGUGAAAUAAAUGAGCAGCUUUCAAGGUCGCUUUGCAUGAGUACAAGGUAUAUUUCAAUGAAUAGCAAUAGUUUCCCUUUACAAGUAGAUGAUCUUUAUAGGCAAUCAUCGUUAUUUAAUAAUCAGUCUUUAUCAACAUCUAGAUCAAUAUCUAUAAACCCACAAAUGGUUAAAAAAGUGAAGAUGACAGUAAGCGAUAUAAUUGGAGAUAGAUCCGAAAUAGCACUAAGUGCUACGUUACUAGAAGAUGAGUAUUUUUUGGGUUUGGAACCAAAUUAUGACAGACAAUCUGCAAGAGUUGUAUUGUCGAAAACGCCUUCUUAUUGGAGUAUUAAGAAAAUACCCCAUUUUUGGGAGGGAUUCUCGAAUAUAAUGUCUUCCGUAAUGAAAAAAGGAUUCCUAAAUACUCUAAGUUACUGGUCUUUUCUAAGGGCACCGCCAAGCCCUAAAAAAAAUGUAAAGAGAUGGGAAGGAAUUACAAUCAAGUAUAAAGGGCCACUCAAAGAAUUUAGAGGGUAUUCAUUGGCUGGAAAUGAUGAUGGGUUAUUUGUUUAUCUUGAGUCAGAAGAGGAUGCUUAUGACAAUAUAUUUUACUGCAAUUUUAGGAAGAAAAAGGAAAAAUGUACUGAAGAUUAUGGAGAGCAUGAGUGUGAUAUUCAAAAAAAUAUAUUAAAUUUGUUACACGCUAAUACAAGAAGUUUUAUUUGCGUCGAACCAAACAUCAAAAGUAAAGAAGGAAAUAUAAUGAUUAAAUUAUCCGAAUCUAAAAAGAAUAAAUUGAUGUUUGAAGAAAGAAGUGCGAGCGAAUUACUCGCUAAACAGUUACUAGUCUCUACUGAACAAAUUUCCCAAGAUUUUGAACACACAAAUAGAAAUAUUAAUCAAAUUUCUUCUUUUCCAUCUUUCAGAUAUUACGAACAAAACUUUCAGAAGAUUAAUUCUAAUAGGUAUUCUUUUGAAGAAAACUUUACAAGUAGAACAGUGGAAUUAUGUUCAGCAGAUAAACAAAACAAAGUUAAACGAGGUUCACUUGCAGAUGAGUUAUCAAACGAGCUAGCUCAUAGUAAUCAGUCACUCGGUAACUUUUUUAAUGAUGUAAAUGAUUCAAAAUACCUUUUUAAUGAGAAUAUUGACUCUAAAGAGAAAAUGUCUCAUAGAGAAACCCUCGAAAUUACUGAAAGAAAACUUGAAGAAAAUUUAAAAAUUUGUUCACCAAGAAUUAGAGCGUCAAAUAUAAUUAAUGAUCAAAUUUCAGGAUUUGAAUAUCAUGAAGUUCCUUUAACUAGAAGAUUAAAUGUGGUUUACAUUCCUUCUACAACCGCUGUGUUGGUUCAUGACUUAGUUGAUAGUGAGGAAGAACUAAACAACAAUAUAGAUAAUGAAAAAAUAAGUGAUGCAGAACAGGAAUAUUUCAAGAUGAAAUAA